AUGUCCGCAACGAAAAGCUACCAUCUCAUAUGCACCGGUACUGCUCUCAAGACGGCCCAGAAACACGCCGAGCCGCAAGACAUUACCCUUUUUGGCAGCUGCUUUUGCCCCUUCGUCCAGCGCGUGUGGGCAGCGAUGGAAUACCUCCAAGUGCCAUACGAGGUGAGUAAGUAUUGUGAAAAUGCCUCUCCCGUCGUCUAUUAUCUCACUAGGAGGCUAGAUGAGGUUGACCCGUAUAAGAAGCCUGCCGAUCUACUCGAGGUUUCGCCCAAGGGCCUUGUACCCGGACUCAAACUGCACCGAUACGCUCCUGCCCGUGGUCUGAAUGAAAGCAUAGUCAUUCUCGAGUACCUCGAAGAUCUUGCUGCCCAAUCAGGCGGCCGGGGCCUACUUCCCAAGGAUCCCUACGCCCGCGCCCUCGUUCGUCUCCAGUGCGAUCACGUGAACCGCGCGAUCGUACCCGCCUUUUACCGCCUUCUUCAAGCCCAAGAGGGAUCGGCACAGAUAGAAGCCGCGCAAGAUCUUCGACGAGGCCUGGAACGUCUUGUCAACCUCCUCGAUCGUGCCGAGCGCGAGAUUCUCGGGGGCGGAGGCACCACUGGGGUGGGCGAGAAAAUGGCGCUCGCGGUGGGGCUCGGACUCUGGAACGAAAGCGGAGACAUGAACCUGACCGAUGUGAUGGUUGCUCCAUACUUGUUUCGAGCGAGCAAUGUUUUGAAGCACUAUCGGGGGUUCGAGCUGCCCGAAGGAGAGAAGUUUGGGGUUUGGACAACGCGUCUGUUUGGGCAUGCCGCGUUCAAGGCAACAUGCAGCACAGAAGAGUUGUAUCUCGAUAGCUAUGAAAGUGUUCUGCUGGCUUUGGCUUCAGGCCAAAAAGCCAUGGCUUUUUGGCUUUGA